ACAGAGGGUUCCUUCGCGCGCUCCCGCUAGUGCACGCGCACGGCCGCGAGAUCUUUUUCCUCACACGAGCUAGCAGUGGAUUUUACCUCACGGUCAGAGAUUAAACGACGCGAAAGCGCAUAUGUGCAUGAACGGGACACGGUCGACGCAGGAUGGUUCGGGAAACCAGACACCUCUGGGUGGGAAAUUUACCCGAACAUGUUCGUGAGGAGAAGAUUGUGGAGCAUUUUAAACGGUAUGGCCGGGUGGAGAGCGUCAAAGUCCUACGGAAGCGCGGCUCCGAGGGCGGUGUGGCGGCCUUUGUGGAUUUCGUUGACAUUAAAAGUGCUCAGAAGGCGCACAAUGCCGUCAACAAAAUGGGGGACAGGGACCUUCGCACCGAUUACAAUGAGCCGGGUUCAGUGCCCAGCGCCGUGCGGGGUCUGGAGGACGGCACCCCCUCUAGCAGUCAUGGAAGGGAGGUUGCGGGGUUCUCGAGGAGCACCGUGGGGCCGGUGUACGGGCCUCCGGUGUCUCUCCACACCAGAGAGGGGCGCUAUGAACGCAGACUAGACGGGUAA